AUGAACGAUCAGAACCGCCGCGAUCCCAGAUCUCAGGGCAAUAUGGCGCCUCAUCAGCCCGGCACUUUCGAUCACCACGACCCAAGAUAUCAACAGCGCACCACUGGUAGAUCUGGUACGGUGAACGCUCAGCAGCCUCCUACCUCGCCACAGCCAUACACCGCAUCCUCCUGGUUUAACCCUGCAUACGCUGCGCAGUAUUACGGAUACUCUCCCGUUGCCGAAGAUCCUUACCCCAACAACACCCCAUUCAUGCCCGCUCAUCAGAACGCGCAGUCGUUGCCUCCUAUCUCUUACGGUGGUGAUUCCGGUAAUCCAAGCUAUCAGUCGCCCUUCAAUCCUGCAUCGCAAAUGCUCCAGAACUGGACUGUGGCUCAGUCUGAUCUUGGCCCAGGCAUGCAAUAUGCUGGGCAGCAGUACUCCAUACAGCAGAUGCCUCACCAGCAGACCGCUUACCAACAAAGUCCUGCUCAGCAAGUUCCAAUGCAAUCACAAACCCACAUCAAGCAGGACCCGGAGUCCAACGAUAUGUACUCUGGCAACUACAAUGACUCCCGCGGCGCAUACUCUGGUGACUACGACAUUCAUACCGAUCCAUACGCUGGCAACUACACUGCCGAUUAUGCUGCUGAAGAUGACCCCAGUGCGCAGCUCAUGCAGGAGUUGACACAGCAUGCUCGUGACACCCAGACUGUUUCUCCGGCCUCGGACGCAAGUGACAGCAAAUACGAAGAUACCAACCAAGGUUGGGGAGACUCCACAGUCGGUGUGACUCAGUCUUCAUCGAACAACUCAAUGCUCUAUACUCCUCACGAGAUCCAGAACGCUCAUCAAACUUUCAGCCGCUUCGAACAUCAGAACCCUAUCAGCGCGGCAGACCAGGCAGAACACGAUGAGCUCCAACACCAGGUCGACCAAGUCCUUGCAGGCUUAGAUGAGGACAUGCAAGACGCCAUUUCAGAGGAACAGGCUCCCAUUCCCCACACCGACACUGCUAACACCGAUGUCGAUGAAGACAGUGCCAUGCAACACGAAGAGCAUGCAGUUGGCGACGAUCACGAUGAUGAUGAGGUCUCUCGUCGCGAUCCCGAACAGGAAGAAUCUGAUGAAGACACCAUGGAGGACGAUGUCGCCGAAGAGGUGGAGGUCAAUACCUCUGACGAAGACACAAUGGUGGACGAUGCCGACGUUUCUGACGCUCAGGAAGCACAUGACUCUGGUGUCGAGGACUUUCCUCAAGUCGAAUUCGAGGGCUACAUGCUCACCGAAAGCCCCCUCAAGACCAUCAAGAAGACUAUCUCAAAGGAAGACAAGGAACUUCACCACAAAGCUUGGAAGUUGCAGCCUCAUCAUCUGCCCGCUCACCGCUACUGGAUGGUUAUUCUCAUGCACACCGUGCAGCCUUCGAAGGCCAAAGUCGAGAAGGACUUUGUCUGGCUCAAAGGUUCCAGAAUCAACACAGUCGAGACGAUGUGGAACAAGUACCGCGAGGUCACCACCGAGGAACAACACCAGAUCUUGUUCUGCGGUCGAGUCCCACAGUUCACUGAUACCGUUGAGGCACUGGACACAUUCGGCGACAAGCUGAUCGUCUUCCGCGCUGCCAAGCAGGAGGUCAUCGUCCUUGAUUGA